GAUGCUGCUGGGGGAUAUUAGCGGUCCUCGGGCUCAGUGACAGCGGGGCAGCGGCGGGGCUGGGGCAGUGAAAGGGAAGGGUGACACCGGGGCUGAGCAGGGUGACAAGAGGGUGGUACCGAGACCGUGACAGCUGAGUAACACGGGGACUGUGACAGGAGCGUGACACGGCGACAGGGAGAAAUAGUAAACCCUUGUUGUAUAGCUGAUGCGGGGUAGCUGGCACUGAGCUUGGGCCGUGGUUAUUAAAUGACCGGGGGGUUGUUUAUCAGUGACAAUGUAUUGCAGAGAACUAUAGUGUGACAGAGACCAGGUAACGUUAUAUUGUGUGACAGGGACCAGGAAUAUUAGUAUUGGGUCAAGGAUAACUGUGGCAGAUAAUAAAUAUAGUGAGGAACAAACAUGGGGUAUUAGGGGAGACUAGACAUAUUGAGGGCUGGUGUAUUUAAACACAGUAACAGUGUCUGACUAUAGGGACACAAGUACCCCAGAUACUAGAGGACAGGACCAGGGAUAUUAGUAGAUUGGUAUUUGACCAGGGAUAUUAGUAGAUUGGUAUUGGGUCAGGGAUAACUGUGGCAGAUAAUAAAUAUAGUGAGGUACAAACAUAGGGUAUUAGGGGAGAUUAGACAUAUUGAGGGCUGGGGGCAGGGGUAUUUAACCACAGUAACAGUGUCUGGCUAUAGGGACACAAGUACCCCAGAUACUAGAGGACAAGACCAGGAAUAUUAGUAGAUUGGUAUUGGGUCAGGGAUAACUGUGGCAGAUAAUAAAUAUAGUGAGGAACAAACAUGGGGUAUUAGGGGAGAUUAGACACAUUGGGGGCAGGGGUAUUUAAACACAGUAACAGUGUCUGGCUAUAGGGACACAAGUACACCAGAUACUAGAGGACAGGACCAGGGAUAUUAGAAGACAAUAACUAGGGUUAUCAGAAACAGGGCCAGUAUUAAUAAGAGCAAGUGGUACUGGGCAAAUGAAAAAUACAUGGAAAUGGACCUAGCGUUAGGGAACUAUUAUCUUCUUUAACAAUGAUGUGACAAGCAAUGUUUAACAGGAACAGUGCCAGCAUAUUUGCAAGGGAUACAGGUACUGAAAAGAUGAAGGACAGACGCACUAGGUCUGGAUAUAGCAAAGAUAGUAACACAGGAGCUCAGUCAUAGGAUAGUGCCUUUAUAUACCAGACCCAAGGGCCAGUUGUAGCAGGGACAGUGACUCAGGACAUAUUCCAAUGUAUUAGGGACUGUGACAUAUGGGAUAGGGAACAUAGCCUAGUGCCAUAGGGUAAUUGACCAAGCAUAAAGUAAAUAGUGAUCAAAGAUCCACGGAUACCCUGUUGCUUUCUGACAUCCUGUAGACAGAACAGGGCAGGGACACAUUUGAGGCAAGGUAUUAGUGUGUUCCAUCCACAGAGUUUCUGCUGGGCUUCAGCAGAGUUUUCACUAGACUAACUUCAGCACUUUCUGGUUGAGAGGGCAGAUGCUGGGCGCAGGAAGAAUGGAGGAGUUCCACAGUGAGGAGGAAGAGCCUUGGUACGACCACCAUGACCUGGAGCAAGAUCUGCACCUGGCAGCCGAGCUGGGGAAGACUCUCCUAGAGCGCAACAAGGAACUGGAAGUGUCUCUGCAGCAGAUGUAUCUAAGCAAUGAGGAGCAAGUGCAGGAAAUCGAGUACCUGAGCAAACAACUAGACAUGCUGCGCCAGGUGAACGACCAGCACGCCAAGGUGUACGAGCAGCUGGACACUAUUGCACGUGAUCUAGAAAUGACCAAUCAGAGACUGGUCCAAGAGAACAAGGUGGCUCAGCAAAAGAUAGUAAGUCUAACAGACACUAUAGAGGGGCUACAUAGACAAGUGGAGGAGUUGCAAAAACAGCUGGAGGAUUUACGCAGUCUGGACCAGGUGCGCAUCAGGCGGGAGAAGAGGGAGCGGCGCCGCACAAUCCACUCUUUCCCCUGCAUUCGGGAGCUGUGUGGUAACCCAAGGUAUGAGGACACACUGCACAUGCACAGCUCCUGCAUAGAUCUGUCCCAGAAGCCAUUGCAGCGGGAGAAUGAGCGCCUGCAGGGAGCCGUGACGUCCUUGCGUGCUCAGGUAGCUGAGGAGCGCCAGAGGAAAGAAAGAGCCGAGCGUGCGUACCAGGCUGUCGUGCAGGAGUACUCUGAGCUAGAGCAAAGAGCUUGUGAGAUGGAAAACUGCCGGAUGCGUAUCCGCGAGCUGGAGGCUGAACUGCAGGAACUACAGCAGAUGAAACAGGUGAAGCGAUAUCUGCUAAGCCGGGGUGACAGUUUCUCCCAAGCCCUCCUGGAGCCACUAAACAAGACCCCAGAGACUGAUGACCCGGAGCCAUCCUUGGAGGGGGAAGGAGAUUUGGGCAGGAGUCAAGCCCCGCUGAGCCCGUCUGUCAGGAAGAGCUGCAGUGACACUGCUUUGAGUGACAUUGUGGGGAGAGAUGCCGCCAGUCGGCAUGAGGGCAACUACACCCUACAUGCCAAUAACACCCGUCGCCGGGGCAUGUCCAUCCUGCGGGAGGUGGAUGAGCAAUACCACGCACUUUUGGAACGUUAUGAAGAGCUGCUAGCCAAAUGCAGGAGGCACGAGGACAGUCUGUGCCACGCAGGAGUACAGACCUCUCGUCCUGUGUCACGGGACAGCUCCAGUCGUGAUCUCCCCGCAGAGGAGGAGGAACCGGAACGUGCCCUGACCCUGCAACUGGAGGCAGCAGAUCGGAGGCUGGAGCAAAGUCAGCCAGAGUAUAAGGCUCUAUUCAAAGAGAUCUUCAGCCGCAUCCAGAGAACCAAACAGGACAUCAGUGCAGGCAAAGGGCCAGGAGGCAAAUGAUGGAUGCCAACCUGUCCCCAUAAGUGUUAACUAACUGCUGCACACCCGGCCUUCACAUUUCAACUGCCCCUUUAACACAAAUAUCUGCACAUAUGAACACUCGCUGCCCCCUCUUAGCUAAUGUCAUAUGAUCAGCCAUUGCUUUCUGAGCCUUAAGAUCCUUCUACAUUGGCUGCACCUUGAAUAUUAACCCCUCUCUAAACAUCACAUAUGUAAGCUCUGCUUAGCUCUAUGCGCACCCUGUGUGUGUGUUGUUCUGCGGACACAGUUUUAUACACAGAUCUUAGUUGCCACCUCAGUCAUGUUUUCCUGCACAGUUAUGAGUUACACAUGGUGCAGGGAGCAAAAUAGAUAUUGCUACACUGGGGCACAAUGCAGCAUGUGUAACUCAUAAAUGUUCAGAAAAACACGGUUUAGGUGGUAACCCGAUCUGUAACUUUACACUGCUUUCUAGAUGCACAUACUGCUUCACAUUUACAUAGAGUCCAUUCUGUGCACAGAUUUUAUGUCUACACUACUGUGCAGGCACGUACACUACACGGUACACCAUGUUUGCACAUGUAUCUUAAGACAGCCGACCUACACUACACUGCACAUAGAUAAGCACUGUGUAUAUCUAUGUACGAUGCUGUACACAUGCUCGCUCUCAGGGGUUAAUGUUCUCUUUACUCCUAAGUAAUGCGGCACUGUAAGAGAUAGCAGAAAAUAAUUUGUCUCUCAUGUUUGCUGCUAACACUAAUUAAUAUCUCCAGCAGUCUGACUGAUUCCUCUGACCAAUUACUAGAGAAAAUUAACUGACAUAAAGACGUAUGUGAAAUGCUGUUAGUCUGCCAAGAAGAAAAAUGUAUACACCAGUCCUAAUAACGUAUCAAACACAAGGGGAACAGCAGACACCAGAGCCAUCGGCUCAGAGCGGCUUCAUCACAUAGGGGGCACUUUGUGCCAUCCCAAGCAAUUUCUGCCAGUGUUUCCAGGACCUGCCACUGCCGUCCUGCUGUUUUUGAUAUUUUUCCUGUCCCAGUGAUAAGGGGGACUCUCUCUAACUUCUGAAAAGCCAUGCUCUGCCAGCACCCAGGGGGUUAACAGUGGCCGACAUUCUAUGGGAAGCUGGCGGAGCCAAAACUCUUAUGCAAUUCAGCAGAGUCUAAAAUGGUAGAACCUUCUUAACCCGGACACACAAAAAAGUGGAAUAAUCGGUUCUGGGAUUUUGUGUAACAGAAAUAAGUACGUUGUUGUUCUAAUUAUUUUUCAGAUUUAAUGAAUUCUCUUGGUAUCCUUUUGUUGCAUAGCAUACCUAGGUAGGCUCGGGAGCAGCAAUGCACUGUUGGGAUUUAUCUGGUGAUUGAUUGCUAUACACAUAUGCGUCUUGUCAUUGGCUCACCAGCGGUGUUCAGCUAACUCCCAGUUGUGCAUUGCAGGCUGUUGAGCUUUUGCAGGGGGUAAAACAGAGCAUUUUAUUAUUGCUUGCCUUUAACAAAUACAUUACAGCAUUUUCUUUUUGCACCUGUAUGUCCCCUUAAGAGGAAGGUAAAUCUACCAUUAGUCCUGCAGUUGUUGUGACUAUGACCUGACCUAUGACCCGAGAGGUUACAUAGGUUUCUGGACACUUCAUAUACUAAUUUACAGUCAUUACAUCUCAAAUUGAUACUGAGCUAUUGAGAAUAUGGAUCAGUAUUUUGCUUUUGGUUUUAAACAAGUUCCUGAAAAAGAACACAAACCCACAGAAGUGACCGCUCCACUCUUUCGCUUGUGCCUCGGAUGCACGUGUAUGUUUCAUGUAUUGCAGCCCAUUUUCAGACCUAACUUUGGGAAUGUCUCAUGCCGGUGCAUAUUUACAUAUUGUUCCUCCAGGACUCCCAUCCCUAGUACACAUUACUGACAUAUACCUGCUUUAUUAUUAUUAUUAUUUAAAAAAGAGGGUUUUUUUGAUACAGUAAAGCAAUAAGGUACAGUAAUGGUGCGCAGUAGCCAGUACACAGUAUUACUGUCCGUUACCCAGAAUUUCAAGUUAAUUUCAUUGUCAGUAUUAAAGUCUUCUUGUUACAAAGCAGUAGGUCUGUAUAGAAUGGUGUAAUAAGCUACAGACCCAUUAGACACAAUGGCCCCUAUUUAUGAAAGUCUGGCGGACCUGAUCCGACAGUGCGGAUCAGGUCCGCCAGACCUCACUGAAUACAGCGAGCAAUACGUUUGCUGUAUUCAGCAUUGCACUAGCAGCUCACAAGAGCUGCUGGUGCAACGCUGCCCCCUGCAGACUCGCGGCCAACGGGCCGCCAGCAGGGGGCUGUCAAUCAACCCGAUCGUACUCGAUCGGGUUGAUUUCCGGCGAUGUCUGUCCGUCUGCUCAAAGCAGGCGGACAGGUUAUGGAGCAGCGGUCUUUGUGACCACUGCUUCAUAACUGCUGUUUCUGGUGAGCCUGAAGACUCGCCAGAAACACGGCCCUUCAAGCUCCGUACAGAGCUUGAUAAAUAUGGGCCAAUGUGUGAAUCUAAUAUGUGGGGCUUUCAGCAGUCCACUGAAAGCUAACACUACCUAAUUGUAUUUCAUGUAACCCUUUUCUGUCAUACAGGGCUACAGUAUAUUGCUAAACACUUCAUAAAGUAUAGGAAAAACUCAGACAUUCCGUAUCAGUUAUGACAGUCACUGUGCUAAACAUACACAAACGUUUUCUAUAAUGCAUGCAAAGCUGUUUACAGGUUUAGUAAGUCCAGCUUUGUGCGUAACUGAUACUUGUGUAUUAAUUGCUCACUGGCUGAUAAAGGCAACCCCGACAGUUUUGUGUGAGCGUAACAAACCUAAAUAAGUCAUUUUUUCAGCACACUAAUUUCCAUUAAAAAAAAAAAAUGUUGACACUCUUUCAGAAGUAACAUGAGGUUAAUGUCUCUUUAAGUUAUUUGUCUACAUAUAAUUGUUUUGACUUGUACAAGAAAAGUGAUGAACAUUUGGCGCUCAUAAAUCAAGCGUUCACGUAAAACGUUUCAUUUGGCGCACCUUUGCCAUGCACCUAAGUCAUAGAAAUACACAAAGGUGUCACCCUGUUCCUACCAGUCAUGAGCGUGUACGCUCUUCUGAAGAAAAGCCACUUUAAAGAACAUACAGAGGACCAGAUUCAAACAUUUUGAGCUUUCUCAGGUUGAGGUGACUGAGAAGCCUCACAUGUCAGUAUUAUUUGCGUCACUGCAGGACUAGAGUCACAGUGACGUCACAGUAGUCUAUGCUUUGCAUUGCGGAAAACUCUCUGAAACGAGAGAAAAAAAAAUAAAUUAUACACUAUGUAUGUAAAGUUGCUUUAUUCUCAAAAUAAUAAAGAUUUAAAAUUA